AUGUCUACUUGCUUAUCCUCUUCCUUCUCUUCAAUUCUCGUAAAUGGAAGCCCUUCAAAAAGUUUCCCGUUGAAAAAGGGAGUUUGCCAAGGUGAUCUGAUAUCCCCUUAUCUUUUUGUGCUCACUGCAGAGGGCUUGAAAAGCAUUUUACAAAAAUCAACAAAGAUGGGACUUAUUUCUGGGUUUACAUACUCGGAUAUGUUUGAUCCGGUUUCAGUUCUUCAAUUUGCGGAUGAUACUAUUUUUUUCCUGCCUUUCGAUUUCGUGCAACUGCGAACUUUAACUUGUAUCCUUCGUUGCUUUGAAUUAAUUUCUAGUUUGAAAAUUAACUUCCAUAAAAGCUCAUUGCUUGGUAUCCACGUCUCUGACUCUGAUAUGGCUUUAGCUGCAGAUAUUAUGGGCUGUCGUAUUGAAUCUUUCCCUAUAAAAUAUCUUGGUUUACCUUUGGCUAUGCGCAGGACUCCAAUCUGCAUUUGGGACCUUGUUAUUCAGAGAUUCAAAUCCAAAUUAUCGCUUUGGAAGGGUACUAUACUUUCGCCUACAGGAAGGUUAGUAUUACUGAAAUCUGUUCUGUACAGCUUGCCUAUUUAUUCCAUGUCCAUUCUUGCUAUGCUUAUUUUCUUGUCAAAUGUGGGUUUUGUUAUUAGUAAUGAAGAAUCGAUUUCACUUUGGCACGAUGGUUGGUCGGGGAAUGGUUCAUUGGUUUCGAUUUUCCCUCGCUUAUUUCAGCUUUCAAACAUGAACCAAGCUACUGUCAAUACUGUUAUGACUUGGGGGUGGCGUUGGCGUUGGCGUAGACGUUUGAGGCUAAGCCAGACAGCUUAUUUCGAAGAGCUGCUGCUACUCUUUUUUCUCCACGCCAGAACUACUGGUUCUGCUUCUGCGGUUGGUGAAGACGACGUCAUCUGGAAGCAUGGAAGCAAAGGAUUCUCAGCUGCUUCAGCCUCAACUCUCAUUAGUUCAACACUAUUUGCUCACAACAAUUCAGCUCCCAUGAAUAAUAACAGGUCUGCUCUUUUUGUCAAAUACUGGAAAUUGCAGGUUCCACCAAGAGUUAUGUUUUUAUUUUGGACGGCAUUACAUAAAAGUUUACCAUCUUUACUUUUUCUCAAUACUCAAGAAAUUAUUAGAGAUUGUAUUUCAGAUUGUUCUCUUUACGGUGAAAUGGAGACACAAGAUCACAUCUUUUUGCAUUGCAUUUUUGCAAGGAAAAUUUGGUAUGUGAUGUUUCAAAAAUUGGAUAUAGCUUGGGUGUUGCCUUAUUCUCUUGAAAAAUUCUUUCUCCAAUGGAUUGUUAUUGUUCCGUAUAGUGGUUGUGUUAGUGAUAUGCACUAG